GUUCCAACUUCCGAGAUUUUAGUAGGUAGUUUCUUUCUUCUUUCUUCUCUCUUAGUAAUUCUUCAGCUUGUACGGAUUAAGUUGCCUAUCUAGGAUAUUGCUGAUUGGAAAUUCGCCGUAUCGCCGUAUUAUCUGAUCCCGCAGCUUGUACAUACAUAGAACCCUUUCUGCUCCAUCUCGCAAGGUCUCCCAUAUAAGACGUCAUUCCCCUCCACCCCGCCAUUCCUUUCGUUUUCCUUUUUCUCCGUUGGAGUAAGCACAUCAAUGCAAGCAAUUGGUUUAUUUAGUCGGAUAUCGGCUGCUACUGUAACCUUAACAUCUCCGUCUGCUCUUGCUUCUAGGUCCAGGACGGCGACCUCGCGAAUAGCUUCACUCUCUAGACACUUCUCGUCUACCCCUCACGUCAUGGCUCCCAUAUCUAAGGAGAUCGACUUUCUGGUCAUUGGUGGCGGAAGCGGAGGUCUUGGUUGCGCGCGCAUGGCCAGCUCCAAGUUCGGUGCGAAAACCAUGGUCGUCGAAGCCAUGCGCCUCGGUGGUACCUGCGUGAAUGUCGGCUGUGUACCUAAAAAGGUUACAUAUAAUGCCGCCGCCCUCGCCGAGGCUAUUCACGACGCUAAAGCCUACGGUUUCUCAGUUCAAGAAACGAAGCCAUUUGACUUCACCACUUUCAAGCAUAAGCGGGACGCCUAUGUCAAGCGAUUGAACGGCAUCUACGAACGAAAUCUUGCCAACGACAAGGUUGAAUAUGUGCACGGGUGGGCAAAGCUGUUAAGCAAGAACGAGGUCGAGAUAACACUAGACGACGGCACGAAAACCACUGUACGCGCCAAUAAGAUCCUCUUAGCCGUAGGCGGCCAACCGACGAAGCCGCCAUCCGAAAUUCCCGGCGCGGAGUAUGGCAUCAACAGCGAUGGCUUCUUUGACAUUGACGUGUUACCUAAGAAGGUCGCCUUGGUGGGGGCGGGGUAUAUCGCCGUUGAGUUUGCAGGAAUGUUCAAUGCCUUCGGUACUGAGACACAUCUGUUCAUCCGGCACAAGACCUUCUUACGCCACUUCGAUCCUAUGAUCCAGGAGGGCGUUACUAGCGAAUAUGAGCGGCUCGGUGUACGCGUGCACAAAGAGUCCGCCCAGACUAAGAUCGAGAAGGACCCUAGCACUGGCAAGCUCACGAUAUAUUACAAGGAUAGCAAUGGCGAGAGCAAGCUCGAGGGCGUGGACCACUUGAUCUGGGCCAUUGGCCGUACCCCUAUGACCAAGAACAUCGGCCUGGAAGAGGCGGGCGUCAAGCUUGAUGAGAAGGGUUACAUCGUCACCGACGAGUACCAGAACACGUCCGUGGACAACAUCUACGCGCUAGGCGACGUGUCCGGCCGAGUGGAACUAACCCCCGUCGCCAUCGCGGCCGGCCGCCGACUCGCGGAGCGUCUUUACGGUGGCGAGCAAUUCAAGACAGCGCGCAUCGACUACUCCAACGUGCCAUCCGUCGUGUUCGCUCACCCCGAAGUCGGCAGCAUCGGGCUAACAGAGCCGCAAGCCGUGGAGCAGUACGGCCGGGACAGCCUGACCAUCUACCAGACGAGCUUCACAGCCAUGUACUACGCGAUGAUGGAGCCCGAGGACAAGGCGCCUACCAAGUACAAGGUGAUCUGCGCGGGUCCCGAGCAGAAGAUCGUCGGCCUGCACAUCAUGGGCCUUGGUUCCGGCGAGAUGCUGCAGGGGUUCGGAGUAGCCAUCAAGAUGGGCGCUACGAAGAAGGAUCUGGAUUCGUGUAUUCCGAUUCAUCCAACGAGCGCGGAGGAGCUUGUUACGCUGAAGUGAUGGGUGGGAGCUAGAAUUUAAAGACAAUAUAAGAAUAGAAAAGAAACGAAGAAAACUGGUCUUGGUAUCCGGUAGAUAAUGAAUGCAUGAUAUAGAACUGGCUGAAUAAAUGCCAUUUCAUGACAUGGAUAUGUAUUAGUGAGAUGUGAGGUACAAUUCUAGGGAACCCAUUAGAGAGUCAUUUCAAAGAGCGUAAGUUGAAUGUGGAAAAGGGGGACAUGCUCGCUCGCUAUUUGUUGCCCCCUACGGCAAGUUAAAUACUAC